AUGGUCAAAGGUUGCGGCAAUAAAUGCAUCAAGUACUUCUUCUGGCUUCUCAACUUUCUGUUCUUCGUUCUUGGAGGAAUCAUUCUUGGGCUUUCUAUCUGGCUCCGUAUUGACUCAAGUUCAUUGACAAAUGUAGCGAAUUCGGUUCAAUUAGAUGUUCGGUUUUUGGAGAAUUUCUACUACUUGCUCUAUGUUACGAUUGGUAUUGGUGCGGCUCUUCUGAUCCUUGGAUUCUUUGGAUGCUGCGGAAGCUGCUGCGAAAGUGUAUGCACGAUUUCAAUCUACUUCAUCCUCGUUCUCAUUCUGUUCGUUGUCGAGAUUGUCGCCGUUGUUCUUUAUUUUGUUAACAAGCAACAGCUUUUCGAAGGUUUCUCCACGAUCUUCCGCAACGAGUUCGUGGCUCAUUAUAACACUAACGCCAAUAUUCAACAAAUUCUCGAUCAAAUCCAAAGAAAUAUGCAAUGCUGCGGAGCAUUUGGAUGCAAUGACUAUCUUAGCUUUGGAGCUUUCCCUAGUUCGUGCCAAUGCGCUACACUCACCCAGCCAGGAUGUGCUACUCAGCUUUGGAAUACUUUGGAGAGCAACUUAAUCUACGUCGGCAUCGUUGGGAUCAUCGUUCUUGUUGUUGAAAUUUUCGCAAUGAUCUUCUCUUGUGUCAUCAUUUCAGCUGUGCGAGAGAAGAGAGCCAACGCGUAA